GAAAAUUUUAAGACUGUGUUGGUAAAGAAUAUAUAUAACAUUGUGAGGAUAAAUAAGAUCUAUGCAUCAAGUUUUGACCAUGUAAUUCACUCAGUCAGCUGUUUCACCCCUCUGGAAUUAUGCCACUACUAAGCCAAUAUGGUAAAGGGAUAUGUUUUGUAUCUCUCCCCUCAGGGAUUCCUGUCACCACUGGACAGAGACGGAAAAGAGUAAUAGUUUGGGCUUGCAUCAAGCAGAAAACUGUGCAGAUUGUGGAAGGCGACCAUGUACAGAUAUGAUAUUCCUACUGAGAUCCAGAGUCUGUUUAAUAAACAAUUCACAUAUGCUAAAGAACCAGAUUGGAAUCUUCCAAGUGUUUCAGAGGCUUUCAGCUCUGCGCAUGAGGAAUUUGGUGAACUUAUGAUGUUUAAAGACUGUCUGAACAAAAAAAAGAAUCUCUUAAGCGACAAGAAGUUGGACGACUGGCAUAAACAUACAUGUUUUACUAACAAGGCAGGAAAAAUUGUGCCUGAAGUGCGGAGAUAUGCUAAUGCAGAGCUCUGCACACAAGCUUGGUGUAAAUUCCGUGAAAUAAUUUGCACUUACCCACUGAUUCCGAACGAAGCUCUUUGGGGCCAUGAGUUAAAUACAAUACACCUAUGUGAGGCUCCAGGUGCUUUUAUUGCAAGCUUAAACAAUUACCUGAAAACACAUGAUGUGCACUGUGAUUGGAACUGGGUAGCUAACACUUUAAAUCCUUAUCAUGAAGCUAAUGAUGGACUAGUUAUGAUUUCUGAUGAUCGAUUUAUAGCAAAUACAUUGGCAUGGUGGUAUUUUGGCCCAGAUAACACUGGGGACCUCAUGACUUUAAAAUAUCUUACUGGCUUGCAGCAGUUCAUCAGCAAUAUGUCUGCUGUCCAUUUAAUCACAGCAGAUGGAAGUUUUGACUGUCAAGGCAACCCUGGUGAGCAAGAAUCUCUUGUUUACCCUCUACAUUAUUGUGAAGUGGUUACUUGUCUACUAAUGCUUAGUCAAGGAGGAUCUUUUGUUUUGAAGAUGUUUACCCUCUUUCAACAUUCUUCAGUCAAUAUCAUGUAUCUCCUGAACUGCUGCUUCCGCUGUGUACAUGUUAUUAAACCUGGAACAAGCAAAGCUGGGAAUUCUGAAGUCUAUGUGGUAUGUCUAGAUUAUUUAGGCAAAGAGGCUGUCCAAGAUCUACUUACAAAGAUGAUUCAGAAUUUUGAGACUGAAAUUGUAAAUAAGUCUCUCUUUCCUAAAAAAUGUCUCCCAGAAUCAUUCUUGCGAUGCCAUGUGACCUGCUGUUCAUUUUUCUACAAACAUCAAGCAGAUACCAUUACUGAAAAUCUCAGUCUCUUUCCGAAUAUGGGAGAGGAAGAUAAAGUAAGAAUAAAUGCAUUACGUGAAUUUGCAGUUUCCUACUACAUCCAGAAGUUUGAAAUAAAAUACAUUUCCAGAAAGCAUUGGUUGGUGAGAGAGCCUGUAGUUGAUUGUAGCUUGAGCACACGAUGGGCUGGAAUCCGUAAUCGCAGGACGGACACCUACAAUGAAAGGAAGCAGCUGGAAACUUUGACAUGGGCUGAAAAAGUGACUCGAGGUUAUCUUAGUCCUUGGUUAGAAGACCAUGUUCAAUACAACAAUUGCUUUGGCUGGUUUUUGGAAGGCUCAUCGUGCAGUCUAAAAGAGGAGUGGUACCUUCUGGAAGGAAAGAGGAUUCCAAAAAUUUGCAGUUCUUCUUUCUGUGAUAAUGAGCUCUUGAAAAGGUUAAAUGAAACCUUUGAAGGUUGUUAUAAUGGAGAGUCUACAAACCCUUUUGUACCACCACCAUGCCCAUCAUGCUGCAUUUUUACUGAAGAAGCUGUAGUCUCUGAGUUAUUAGCAAAAGAUGUGAACCAUCAGAACAUCAUAGUUUGUGGAGCUCAUUCAGUAUUUCAUUUUCUGAUUCAAAGACAGAUAAAAGCCAGUUUUCUAGAAAGUGAAAUAUCUUACAAUUGUGGUUCUUUCCUUUAUGAUGGGGACCCAACUUAUCAGCAUCAUUUCCUUGACUUGAUCCUCAAAGCACUGCAGCAGAUGCGGACUGAUGACACGUUAGUGCUUCCAGUUUUGUCGUGCUUCACACGGUUCACAGCAGGCAUUCUUUUUGUAUUGUAUAACUGCUUCAAGUCUUUCUCCCUUGUGUAUCUCACUGCAAACCUUGUACCUGGAAGAAAUGCUUUGCUGCUCUUUUAUGGAUUUCAGAUUCCACCAAAUUCUGUCAUCUAUCAAAUUCAGCAGCUAAAACAGCACAUAGACUAUUUGAUUAGCACAGAUUCAUCCCUACAGGUGUUGGAGUUUGUACCUAUGGACAUUCUGCUGAAGAAAUCUUUUCUAGAUUAUGUGUGGGACCUCAAUUCUGCUAUUAUCAAGCAUAAGCUGCAUUUGAUUGCUCAGUAUUAUGGACAAAAAACAUAGGCUUGCAACGCUAAGCUAUUGGGUAAACAUCAAACUUUGACAUUCCCAGCAAUUAAUCAAAGGGGACUAACUCAGAGAUGAAUAUGCCAAUGAUUACUGUAUAGUGCUCUUAGACAAUACUUUGUGCCAACAUUUUAAGUUAAUAUAUUGUAAAAUGUGCCCUUAUUCUAGAAGGUAUUGUUCUAUAAUAGCAUUUUUUCUUGAAUUGGAUCUAUAUUAUUAAUUUUAUUUUUGUACCCUAUGUUUAAAAGGUAUCUAUACAUAGGUAACUAAUUCAAUGCAAAAUCUAUUAUACUUAUUUUAAAUUAAGUGCUUUUUUUUUAAAUCUUUUUAUGUUGAUUUGAGAAGAAACCUUAACCAUGAUGUUUCUUGCUCGUUAUUCUUUUUGUAUGUUGAUCAAGUAAUUCAAAUAGAAUUUUGGUUACAUUACACACACUUUUUUUUAAAUAUCUAAAAGAGCUGGUAUGCUCAAUUUUCUUUUAACAACAAAGUGCUCUGUGUGGUUUAAAAUAGUAUAUAAGGUGUAUGAUAGAAUAGCAUCACCAUCAAUAAAGCUCGUCUCUCUCUGGGUUUCAAUAAA